UGCGUGUCAAUGUCCGGAGAAAACCUACCUGCUUUGUGUACAUAGAUGGAUGUUAAUUAUUUAUUUAGUUCCCAAGAGUCAUCUUUCUUCCUCUCACGGCCUGUUCUAUUUUUGUUGCGUUCUUUGGCUAUAUACUGCAAAAUCUCUCGCAGCUUUUUUUUCCUUAAUCUCUCUCACAAAUACUCUAUUGCAUGAUUAUAAGCUUGAAACUUGAAGAAUUUGGGUUGAAAUUUGGAGCAGCGGUACUAUUUUUGAGAAGAUGAGUGUUUGUCAGAAGUGUGGGGAUAAAGGUUACACGAAGCAUCUUAUAUACUGUACCAAGUGUCAGGGCUCCUCUGAGCAUAGCUAUUGUAUGGACAUUUUGCCAAGAAAAGGUGAUGAAAAUUUCAUUUGGACUUGUGAGGAAUGUAGUUCAAGAAAUACUAAGUCUAGUCCUAAUCCAUCAAUUAAAAGUGCACGCAUUAGUCAAGCUGUUGAAAUCAGGUUGAAUAGGAUUAAGAUGCGAAGGCAGACCAGUUUCUUUACGGUAAAAGCACAGGCUUGUGCAGAUACAGAUAGGUUGACUAAUGCAAAGAAGCCUACAGGUGAUUGCCAGAAAGAGAAGAUAGAAAGGCUGCCAUCUUCUUUCCCCAACAUUGGAAAUGAAGAGUUCAAAAAACCAAAGAGAAGGUUGGUCCUUGAAGAUUGCAGUUCUGAUGAGGAGUCUGAAUCUGUUAAACACACUGAAGUUCAUCCUUGUCAACCAGAUCAUGCAGUCAGUGCUUAUCCACUGAACAUAUCAAGUGAAAUACCAUAUUCAGAAGCCAACAGAUAUGUCCAUGCCCAACCAAUAAUUGAUCCAAUUUGGGGGGGAUCCUUUAGAAUCCAAAAUAAGAAAAACUCAACUUUCUUUGGACUUGUGGCCCAUUUAUCAAGUAAAGCUUGCCCAAAAGCAGAGGAAGUAGCAAAAGCAUUACCAAUGCGACUGAAUGUAGCAAUUGUUUCUAGAUCUGAGGCAUGGCCUCAGAGUUUUCAGAUAGAACCACCAACUGAUGAAAGUAUUGCUCUUUAUUUUUUUCCUCAACAUGAAAGGGAUGAAAAAGUUUUUGAUGACCUGAUGGAUGACCUAAUCAUUCAUGACCAAGCUCUUAAGGCAGUGAUAAACAAUGUGGAACUAUUGGUCUUCUCUUCUCGUGAACUGCCACCCGAACAUUGGCGUUUUUGCAAGAAAUAUUUUUUAUGGGGUGUAUUUAAACCAAACAGCCAAAAAAUCGCUUCCAAAGCAGUUGACUCUCACCUCACAAUAUAAAGAGAGUGUGAUCCUGUCAAGUGGAAGCCCACUUUUCAAGCACAAGUAAUAGAUUGGUGUCUGAUCCCAGAUGCAAUCAAGCUUCGCAAUGCAAGAGCAACUGAUAGUGUGACAUGAAAGGGAACACCUGAUGCAACAUUACAUGGCUCUUCUCAAGCAAAACCUGGUCUAAAUCCGAGAUGGAGAUGGAGAUAUCGUUGUUAUAGUGAACGGAAGAAGCAACACGUUUGUAAUGGCUCUCAACAGAAAAUUUGAUUGCAUCAUAUUUCAUUACGCCCUUAAAUACAUAGAAAUCUUUUCAUC